AUGGGCCGCCCGUCGCAGCCCGACAGCGACGGUGACAGCGACACGGUACCAGAGCUGCUGCAAAGAGUACACGACACCUCGAGGCCGCUAUCCCAGAGCACCAGGAACCCGUUCCACCGCCUUUCCUCACACUUCGCGCGGCCAGACGCCGCCUCAUCCGCAUCCGACGACGCUCCCAAUACCCAAAGCCGCCCACGCUCGCGGCUAACCCGGGCGCGCUCCUCUCUGAGUUCCCUCACCGGCCUGCUACACAGCCGCCCAGCGCUACCUGCUCGCAACACCGAGCCCACGUACAACCUCGCCGCCUUCUCCGCAACCGACCGCGCCGCUUUCCCUCGCUCAGCGCCAGGACACUCGGCCAGUGACUGGGGCCCAGUCCUCCCACAACCAGAGAUUCCCACACCAGACCUCGGUAUCGACUUUGGCCAGCUUCUUAGAAGUCACUCCCAUAGCAACCGUCCAGACACACAUAGACCGCGGCCGCUGGUGCCUCUGAGCCCGCUGAGACGAGAUGGGCGGGCACUCUCUAUGCUCCCCACGCAGCGGCGCCUUCGCAACAUGAUAGGCCCUUCGCGCAGAAGACGCUCACUAUGGCACGACGAAGACCACUUGGAGAACAUCGAACGGCUGAGAAGGGGCGAGGACCAGGCCGAUGUGUUGUCACGGCUGCUCUCACUCGCCGCUGCAGCGACUGCGGCUUCCCUCGUGGGUGAAGACCACCAAGCAGCAACGCGAGACGGCACGUUCGAUACAUUUCUCCAGUCUCUGCAGAAUGGCAGCAUAGCGUCAGCCCUGAGGGGUAACGAGAGCGGAGAAAGCGGUGAUGCUGCGGGCGGGUCCCCUGCACCACUCAACUUCUUCAGAAUGUUCAGGUUCGGAACGUCCACCGAGAGCAGGAGGGAUGAUCUAGCAGGGAGUCGGGGAGGUGGUGCUGGAAACGAUGGUCAAGAUGGCGACGAGGAUGGUGAGGGUAGAAUGGUACCUAUUAUUAUCGUGGGCAUCAGGUCUAUCAACCCAGGCUCUGGCACAGGACAGGACGAUGGGAACAUCCCACCCUUCCUAGAUGCCCUCUCAAGCUUUCCCACGCCUCCCACUUCACCUGGCGACACUGCCGACCAUAUACUUCGUCCACCACAGAAUGGCACGCGGUUCAGUCACCGACGGCGUGCAUCCAUGGGCGGCUUCAACUUCCCUUCAAACUACGACAGCCAAAGACACCAUCGCGGUACUGCACAGGAGCGACCACGCCCUUGGUCAUCGCUUACAGAUUCCCCUGCAGGUCCUCUUCCUCCUCCCUCUACGCCUGCCACAACUCUUGGCUUGUCCGCCGAGCCUUCGGGCACCACCACUCCAGCUACCUCUACUUCACCUCCCUCGCCUACAGCCCAAUCCACGACCCCAUCGCGGCGAGACAGCUUCGUACGUAGGCCCGCCGGCUCAACACUUGAGCCCACUGUAGAAGAGCCGCCGACACAUAACCGCAAUGCUCGACCGCGACGACUGAGCGAAUCAGACUUCACAAGAUACGGUGCUGGAGCCCCCAGAAGGAGAGGCGUCGUUGAGCCGGACAACAACCCUGGAGAAGGCUCACGGAGCUGGAUAAUCUACGUGCUGGGCGGUAGUUACCCCGAGAAUCAUCCAAUCCUUACUACACCGAGUCUCUUCACCGACUCGCCUACGUACGAGGACAUGAUGCUGCUCUCGUCGAUUCUUGGCCCUGCCAAACCGCCUGUUGCAAGUGAAGAAGAUGUGGCCUCUGCGCCUGGUCUCUUCAGGAUACGAAACAUCUCUGGCGUUCUUAUUGCGGAGGCAGUCGAUGGCGAAGAGACGGUGGAUCUUGCGUCGGAUGCACGCUGUCUAGUGUGUCUGUGCGACUUCGAAGCAGAUGAGGAGGCACGAAAGCUAGUCAAAUGCGAGCAUCUGUUCCACAAGGUUUGCAUUGACCAGUGGUUGACGACGGGCCGCAACUCAUGUCCGCUUUGCAGAGGUGAGGGUGUCCACGAAACGGAUAAAGAGCCCGCCGAUCCACCUGCUUUUGCUGGCAAUUCUUCCGCGCAAGCAGCUGCUUGA